AUGAGCAGUGAAAUGACGAUCAUGAUACCAGGAUGCAUGAAUAAUGUCGCGGGAGGUUUACAAAAUCGAGACAGCAUGCAAGGAGGGUCAGAGCAAGCACGGAACCUCGAGGACGGUCUCACUCCCAAACAAAUUGAGGCCAUACGAGCGGCAAAGGCGGUGCAUGCGGCGAAGACGGCAAUGGCGAUGGCGAAAGUCAGCGUCCCAGUGGUUAACCCGCUGCUAGGUUUGACAGUGAUUGCGCAACUGGCGCUGGUAACGAUAGCAGGCAUGGUGAAGCCGCCGCAGCGAAAUCGGCUGUAUGUGGGGAGCUUGCACUUCGACCUCAAGGAAGCCGAUGUCCGCGCCAUCUUCCAGCCGUUUGGGCCCAUCAAGACGAUAGAAAUGUCGUAUGAGCCAACCACCGGGAAGUCCAAGGGAUAUGCUUUCAUAGAGUACAUGAAUGAUGCUCAAGCCGACGCGUGUGAGAAGGCGAUGGAUGGCUUCAUGAUUGCUGGCAGACCCAUCAAAGUCGGCAGACCGCACAAUACAGUCUCCGCCAACGCACCUGUGCAUCGAAGACUAUUCUUCCUCCUCAACUUCUCGUCAGUCGACCUCCAGCCAUGGCCCCCCUCGCUGCCGCAGCAAGCGGCACUUGCAGCGCAGAAAGCGCAAGCCCAGCCGCUGAAUACACCAGUCGCGGGCCCUCCAGCUCGAAUUUACAUUGGCUCCGUCCUCUUCGACGUGAAGGAGUCAGAGGUCAAGCAGAUCUUUCAAGUUUUCGGGAGCAUCAAGCAGAUCUCGAUGAUUCCGAACCCUGAGAACGGGAAGCACAAGGGCUACGGAUUCAUCGAGUAUGAGAAGCAUGACGACGCCGUGCAGGCCAUCCAGGCUAUGAACGGCUUCCAGCUGGCCGGCAGGCCACUAAAGGAGGAUAAGACCAGCAACCCGAUCAUUGUAGCAGCAGCGAAUGCCAUCGCAGAUAAGGUCACAACAAGCCUUGUGACAAGCUCGUCAAACGACAUCACAACAGUAGAGGACGAAGAGAACUUGAGUGUAUCAAGCGUCCUGCAGCGCAAAGAGAUCAUGUGCAAGCUAGCAAAUCGACCUUCUCGGGUUGUCCUGCUGAAGAACAUGGUGGAGCCCGAGGACGUCGACCCGCUGCUGGAGCAGGAGAUUGCAGAAGAAUGCUCCAAGUUCGGAAAAGUCAACAAGGUUCUCAUCGUCACCAUGGUGGAGCAAGGAUCUCGUCUGGUCAAAGUGUUUGUAGAGUUUGGGGAUCAGGAAGCGGCCACCAAGGCUGUAGCGCGACUCGACAAGCGAUGGUUCGGAGGAAAGAUUGUAAAUGCGAGUACAUAUGAGGAGGAAAGGUUCGUUCGACAAGACUUGUCGGGUUGA